AUAUCCCCUGAGACCCGCCCCCGCGCGGAGGUGAGCAGCGCGCGGUGCCGCGAGGAGAGGAGGGGGGCCUGUCCUGGCGCGUCCCGUCAGCGCGCGUGGCGCUGGGCGUAGGCGCGCUCGGUGCUUCGGGUGCUUACGCAGCAGCCCUGAGCGGGGGCGGCCGGCGGUGGGAGGAGGCCGCUGCCAUGGAGGCGAAGCCGGCGAACCCCCAGCUCUGUGACAGCCUCAUUCUCUGGUUGCAGACAUUCCAUACUGCUGCACCUUGCAGAGAUGUUCAGGACUUGACUAAUGGGGUUGCCAUGGCGCAGGUUCUUCACCAAAUAGAUGUUGCUUGGUUUGAUGCAUCUUGGCUAAAUCGCAUUAAGGAUGAUGUUGGUGACAACUGGAGAAUAAAGGCCAGUAAUCUGAAGAAGAUUCUACAAGGAAUUAUGGACUACUAUCAUGAGUUCUUGGGUCAGCAGAUUUCAGAAGAGCUUAUUCCAGACUUAAACCGGAUAUCAGAGAACUCAGAUCCCACUGAACUGGGCAGGCUUCUGCAGCUUAUUUUGGGUUGUGCAGUCAACUGUGAAAGGAAACAAGAGCACAUAGAGAAGAUCAUGACCCUUGAAGAGUCUGUUCAGCAUGUUGUCAUGACUGCCAUUCAAGAGCUGAUGAGCAAGGAAACAACGGGUCCUUCCACAAGUGAUGCAUCAAGUGAAAUGGAACAGCAGCUUAAAAAAGCUUUGGAAGAUCUUCAGGAAGCACUAGCAGAAAAAGAAGAGUUGGCACAACGAUGUCAAGAGCUAGACUUACAGGUGGCUGCCCUCCAGGAUGAAAGAAACAGCUUGGUGUCAGAAAAUGAGAUUAUGAAUGACAGGCUAGAGCACUUAGAUGACUCUAUUGAUGAUCCAAAUAAUGUGGUUGCAAAGAAGUAUUUUCAUGCACAGUUGCAGCUGGAACAACUGCAAGAAGAAAACUUCAGGCUUGAAGCUGCAAAAGAUGAUUAUCGUGUCCAUUGUGAAGACCUAGAAAAACAACUGAUUGAACUGCAACAUAGAAACAAUGAACUAACCUCUUUGGCAGAAGAAUCCAGAGCCUUGAAGGAUGAAAAUGAUAUUCUUAGGAGUACUGCAGACAAGGCAAGUAAGCUGGAAUCAACUGUUGAAGUUUAUCGUAAAAAGCUACAGGACCUGAAUGACUUCCGCAAACAAGUCAAAUCUCUGCAAGAAACAAAUAUGAUGUAUAUGCACAAUACAGUCAGUCUGGAGGAUGAACUGAAGAAAGCCAAUGCAGCUCGUGCCCAGCUAGAAACCUACAAAAGACAGGUCCAGGAGCUUCAUAACAAGCUGUCUGAAGAAUCAAAAAGAGCUGAUAAGCUAGCAUUUGAAAUGAAGCGGCUUGAAGAAAAACAUGAAGCUUUGAUCAAAGAAAAAGAGAGGCUGAUAGUACAGUGUGAUACAUUAAAAGAGACAAAUGAAGAGCUCCGGUUUUCACAAAUGCAGCAGGAUCACCUGAGUCAAACAGGUGCAUCUCAUGUUAAAAGCCAUGAGAAUCUUGCUGCUGAAAUUCUGCCAGUGGAAUAUAGAGAAAUGUUUAUUCGGCUGCAGCAUGAAAACAAGAUGCUUCUAUUAAAACAGGAGGGAUCAGAAAACGAACGUAUUACAGAGCUCCAGGAACAGCUGGAGCAAAAGCAUCGGACAGUGAACGAACUAGAAACUGAGAAAAGGCUAAAUGAAGAGCGUAUUGGAGAAUUACAACAGCAGAUGGAAGAUCUGCAAAAGACUUUACAGGAACAGGGAUCCAAGUCUGAAGGAUCUAGCAACCUGAAGCAGAAAUUGGCAGCACACAUGGAAAAAUUAAAUGAAGUUCAUGAUGAGUUACAGAAGAAAGAAGCUGAUCUUGCAGAACUCCAGCCUGAUAUUAGUCAGAACCCCCAGAAGAUUGGAGAGCUGGAAGCAGCUUUGCGAAAAAAAGAUGAGGAUAUGAAAGCAAUGGAAGAAAGAUAUAAAAUGUACCUUGAGAAAGCAAGAAAUGUGAUAAAAACCUUAGACCCUAAGCUAAACCCAGCAUCAGCAGAAAUUAUGUUGCUCAGAAAACAGAUAAUGGAGAAAGACAAAAAAAUUGAAGCACUAGAGGCUGAAUACAAACUUGCUAAGUUACGUGAUUACGAGGAAAAGCUUAUUGUAACUGCAUGGUAUAACAAGAGCCUAACUCUACAGAAGCUAGGUAUGGAAUCCAGACUGGUUGGCAGUAGCGGUGCUUGCAGAGACGGUCCUGGACGCUCCUUCCUAGCUCAACAGCGUCAUGUCACCAAUACCAGAAGGAAUCUCACUGUUAAAGUACCGGGUGCAACAUCUGAUUAAGCCAGAAGGACCAUGAGGAAAACCUAUAUGCUAAAGUGUCCUUAAAUGCUUUAUAGCUUCCACUUUAACUACUUGAUGCAAAAGAAGGUUAAAAUGGUGGGCAACUGCAAAUUCAACAUCAGAACUGAUCAAGUGGUGAUAAAGUUGAUCAGUGGUGUGUCUAAAAGGUAGUACUUAGCUUUCCAAGUAGAAGUAGAUUUAAUAACUGCAGUGUGUAUUUACAAGCACAACUUAAAAGAUUUAUAUUUCCCUUCAGAAUAUAUUGUAAAUAUAGAAAUUGGCACUAUAUAUUUAAAACUUUAUUUAAUGGGUUUGGGCUAGAAAGUUGACUUUUAUAAUGGGAAGUUGUUAUGCAAAAAUGUACUUCAGGAAACUGGCAGUACUGGCUGUUUUUGCUGGGCUCUUCUGAAAAUUAAAAGAUUGGUACGAUGUUUUAAAAAAUACUUUUUUUUUUUUUUAGAAUACAGUUUUAAGAGGAAGAAGAUACUUGCAUUUAUAGAAAAAGAUUAAAAAAGGUUAGUACUAGUUGACUUGUUAUAUAACAGAAGACAGGAUUUGUUUUGUCAUCUCAAGUUCAUUUUAAAAAAUUGAAGGUUAAGUUCCUGCAUAGAUACAUUAAGGAAAACCUCUCUUUAAGAUGUUGAAUCCAUUAAAGCCAAAUAAGCUGUCUUUCCCUGUGUAAGAAAAAAAGCUAUGAUAAUAAUUCAAAAGUCUGGGCAUGUUUUAAAAGUCUGGAGUAUUGGUACCCUGCCUUUCCUUGCAGAAGGGGGGUUAGGUGGGAAGGAAUCCUAUUUGUUUCCAGCUAUUUAUACAACCCUGUGUAUAGAAAUUAAUUUUCCUUUUUUUUUUUGAAUGUAGUGUCACUUUAGUUAUUGUGAACUAAUUGGACUGGGUAGGUGAAUGAAAGAUAAUUUUGCUACUUGUUGGCAGCGAGAAAAAUGUAUGAACUGUAAUAGCUUUGCAGUAUCUAGACUGAAGAAGAUGAAAUGCAAAUUGAUACCAGAAAUCGUGGUGCAGGGAAUUGCUAUCUUUCACCAAAUUUGUGUUGCUAUUUACCAAAUGUCUUAUUUUUGUUGUAAACUAUAUUUUUAGGAAACUUGUUAAUCACAGAAUGUUAGGGAUUGGAAGGGACCUCAAAAGAUCAUCCAGUCCAAUCCCCCUGCCGGAGCAGGAACAGCUAGAUGAGGUUGCACAGGAAGGUGUCCAGGCGGGUUUUGAAUGUCUCCAGAGAAGGAGACUCCACAAUCUCCCUGGGCAGCCUGUUCCAGUGUUCUGUCACCCUCACUGAGAAGAAGUUUCAUCUCAAAUUUAAGUGGAACCUCUUGUGUUCCAGUGUGAAUCCAUUACCCCUUGUCCUACCGUUGGUUAUCACCAAGAAGAGCCUGGCUUCAUCCUCGUGACACUCACCCUUUAUAUAUUUGUAAACGUUAAUAAGGUCACCCCCUCCAUCUCCUCCAAGCUAAAGAAACCCAGCUCCCUCGGCCUUUUCUCAUAAGGGAGAUGUUCCACUCCCUUAAUCAUCUUUGUUGCCUUGCGCUGGACUCUCUCCAGCAGUUCCCUGUCCUUCUAGAACUGAGGGGCCCAGAACUGGACACAGUAUUUCUGGUGUAGUCUUACCAGGGCAGAGUAGAGGGGAAGGAGAACUUCUCUCGACCUACUAACCACCUCCCUUUUAAUAUACCCCAGGAUGCUGUUGGUCUUCCUGGCCACAAGGGCACAGUGCCGGCUCAUGGUCAUCCUGCUGUCCACCAGGACCGCCAGGUUCCUUUCCCCUAAGCUGCUCUAUAAUAGGUCAUUCCCCAGUUUAUACUGGAAGCUGGGAUUGUUCCUACCCAGAUGCAAUACUCUACACUUUCCCUUGUUAUAUUUUAUUACAUUUUUCCCCGCCCAACUCUCCAGCCUGUCCAGGUCUCUGGAUGGCAGCACAGUCUUCUGGUGUGUCAGCCAUUCCUCCCAGCUUGGUGUCAUCAGCAAACGUGCUGAUAGUACACUCUUAUUCCCUCAUCCCAAUCGCUGAUGAAUAUAUUGAAUAAUAUCUACCCCAGUACUGACCCCUGAGGCACUCCACUAGAUACAGGCUUCAAACUGGACUCUGCCCCAUUGACCACGACUCACUACCUGAGUCCACCUCACUGCCUGAUCAUCCAGACUGCACUCCCUCCGUUUAGCUGUAAGGAUGCUGCAGGAGACUGUGUCGAAUGCCUUACUGAAGUCAAGGUAGGCCACAUCCACUGCUCUGCCAUCAUCUAUCUGCCUUGUUAUGUCCUCGUAGAAGUCAAUGAGGUUGGUCAAGCACAACUUCCCCUUGGUGAAGCCACGUUCACUGGCCCCAAUGAUCCUCUUAUCCUUGAUAUGCCUUGAGAUGGCACCGAGGAUAAGUCGUUCCAUCGGUUUCCCAGGGAUGGAGGUGAGGCUGACUGGUCUAUAGUUACCCAGGUCCUCCUUGCCCUUUUUGCAGACUGGAGUGACAUUUGCUUUCCUCCAGUCCUCAGGCACCUCUCCCAUUAAUGUCCAUUCUUCUUUGCAAACGGUCUAGACCAAAUUCGUUAUACGUGUACUUAAAGGAAAUAAAAUUGCAGCAGCCCUUAAACUUAAUACUUGAGGGUGCUGUACCAGUCUGUGAUCUAAUUUAAAAUUCAACCAUAUGCAUGAAGGAAAGCCUAUAUCUAUCUUCACCAUCAAGGCUAUCUUUGAUUUGAGAGCAGGGUUCAGCUUUGCAGAAUAUAAGUUUUGAAUGGUGAAAUUUGAGUAGUCUUCCAUUUUGUAUGCCCCUCAGUAUGGCUUGUUCUUUGAUUUCUUUCUUCCCCAGCAUCUUAAAUUCUUAAUUGGGCAUUGCAUGCAUUGCUAGAGAAGUGGGAAGUAUCCAUUUUUAGUACUUAGCUAGUGUUGUUUCUUAGUUGUGGUGAUGGUUUUAGUGCCAUACAUUUAGGCAUUUAAGAGCUUUCUUCUUUUAAAAUUCUGUCUACACAAGGGGUUGUUUAAAAGCCAGUCUCAUGCUAAAAUGUGGUAUCAGUGGAGAAUACACCAGGCAAACUGCUGUUGGGCAGUUUUGUCUGUCAGGUUGUGUUCUUGAGGAUUCUGUUCUUCUUUGGACUAUCUUUUGGGUUUUGAGGUCUUUUAUUGCUGCAGUGAUAUUAUUGGGGUUUGUAUUUUUAAGGUACAAUUGCUCGUUUGAUCUGCUAGUGGGGAGCGAGAAGGUGCUGAGCGGUGCAAGAUGCUUGCAUUUCUGAAGCCUGGUAGUUAGAUGUGUUCUAGUGAAAUGUGAAACUGUCCCUGAUGGUGUUGAGUGGGUCUCUUAACCCUUGUUCUUUACAGCAUGGAAACUUUCAUGGGCAUCUUUCAAAUACUCAUCUAGUUAGUAGUCUUGAUGCAUUUGUUGUACUUCUCACAGUAGUUGAGCUGUGUCAGUAGUCAUAUCAGGUAAAGAGUAGUGUAAAUUUGGAGCAAAUGUCUUUAUAUGCUUCUCAAAACUGCAGACCCUGGGACCAAAAAUGACCAAGAACCUCCCUAUCGCUUAAUUGGAAGCUUGUCUUCUGCCUAGUGAUGGAAGAAUUUGAUUACAGAACUACAGAGAGGGAACAGCCUUUUUCAGGGCAAGGUUGCCCCCGAUAGUCUUGUUUGGGUUGCCAAAAAUCUGGUUUUCAGGUACUAGAUAAAAUCUUACGUAUUUGAGACGUUCUCCAAACUGUUAAACGUUAAGGUUGUGAAUAUAACUUCAGUGUUUCUUUGGUAUUGACAACCUGUUUAAGAGUGGCUGUUUUAUAACUGGUUAAACUUAGGUUACAUCCUAUGAGUGAGGAACUGAUCUGUAGAAGUUAAUGUUUCAUCAUAAGCCACAAUGUUGUAUUCACUUCAGCUUACCUGGCUGUGCAGAAGGGAGCAUUAGAAUAAGUAUCAUUUUAAUGUUAACUUCAUUCAUAUCAAACAAAAAAAGCUACAUAUAACGUUGCUGUGUUACAGCUGAGAUGUAUGCAACAUAUAGCAGCAGAACAAUAUCAAUACAAUGUUAUUUGAUGCAACAUGUACCACUGCUGAGGCAGGACAAAGAAAGAGGCUACUUUUCUCUGCAAGAUGAAUUUGUAUCAUGCCCAGACAGCACAGGUAGGGACAGAUUGAAAUUAGGCGGUGAAAUCAUUAAAUACUGCUGAAUUUACUCAGCAUUAUUAGUAACUUUAGCCAGUUUCCAGUAAAACGGGUAAAAUAGAUCCAAAGAAACAAAAAUAUUUUUGAUUGACAUAUCACUUAAUAUUUUUUUUAUAUGAGAUUAAGAAUAAGCACUAUGGAAGUGUUUUGUAGCAAUAAUACAAAUUUAACUAGUAGGUUCUUUUACUCAAGGUGGAUCAGGCAGCAGUUUUGAGAAGAUUCUUUUGCAACAACUGUAUUAUAGUAGAUGUAAGAAACAUUACCUGAAAAGAAAUUUUCACCUAGCUGAUUUUUUUGUUCUUUAAAAAUAUAUAUAUAUGGGUACCUUAUUUUCUGCAGCAUACACUUACUUGGAAAUAAGUAAUUUAAGCAAUACUGAUGUUUUAUUUAGGUAGCCGUACAUAGUUUAGUAAUUAUAAAAUGGAAACACUUAUUUACAAGUUGUUAGUGUCUAGUAAAGUCAUUUUCUUAAUUUUCUUUGCUCUUUUUCCCUUCCCCUCACUAGUCAAGCUGGAGUUAAGGUUUUCAGUGUAUCUGUGUCUACAUAUUCUGUUUAAAACAAAUGUAAACACUUGGUUGCAUAGAAUUCAAAAAAUUGCACUAAUUUUAAAAUUUUGGUUUUAUUUUCCUUUGGAAAGAAUUAUUUUAUAUUCACUUAAAGAUUUUUAAAAUUAA